AUGGCUCAAAAACUGUCAAUGGUCAUCAUUUUAAUGGUGUUGGCCUCGUGUCUGCUUCAUGCAAUAGAUGCAGCCCGAGUCCUUGAUCGUCAUCAUCAUGAUCACCAUCCACGUCGUGGAAUAUUCAACCGAGGGAUUGUCAUUGUCAAAUCAGUGAGCAAGUUUUCUGGGCCUAGCCCCCCGGGUCAAGGACAUGAGCGCGCGAGCGACUUUUCUAUGAAGGAUUCUGGGCCAAGUCCUCCGGGUCAAGGACAUGAGCGCGCGAGCGACUUUUCUAUGAAGCAUUCUGGGCCAAGCCCCCCGGGUCAAGGACAUGAGCGCGCGAGCGACUUUUCUAUGAAGCAUUCUGGGCCAAGCCCACCGGGUCAAGGACAUGAGCGCGCGAGCGACUUUUCUAUGAAGCAUUCAGGGCCAAGCCCACCGGGUCAAGGACAUGAGUGCGCGAGCGACUUUUCUAUGAAGGAUUCAGGGCCAAGCCCACCGGGUCAAGGACAUGAGCGCGCGAGCGACUUUUCCAUGAAGGAUUCUGGGCCAAGCCCACCGGGUCAAGGACAUGAGCGCGUGAUCGACUUUUCCAUGAAGGAUUCUGGGCCAAGCCCACCGGGUCAAGGACAUGAGCGCGCGAGCGACUUUUCUAUGAAGCAUUCCGGGCCAAGCCCCCCGGGUCAAGGACAUGAACGCGCGAACGACUUUUCUAUGAAGCAUUCUGGGCCAAGCCCCCCGGGUCAAGGACAUGAGCGCGCGAGCGACUUUUCUUUUAAGCAUUCCGGGUCAAGUCCCCCGGAUCAAGGACAUGAGCGCGCGAAUGACUUUUCUAUGAAGGAUUCCGGGCCAAGCCCCCCAGGUCAAGGACAUGAGAGUGUGAGUGACUUUUCUAUGAAGGAUUCUGGGCCAAGCCCCCCGGGUCAAGGGCAUGAGCGCGCCAUCGACUUUUCUAUGAAGGAUUCCGGGCCAAGCCCCCCAGGUCAAGGACAUUAG